CCGGAUUAUCGUGGCGCGUCUUCUGGCCGGCCCUGGCGCUCGGUGUCCCUCCGCCGCCGCAGCAGUUCCCGUUUCCGGCGGGGGAGAUGGCCAGGAUCUGACCCGGGAGGAGGCCGCACCCGCGCCGCGCUCUGCGGCGGGCUCUAGGCGAUGCCGAGCAGCUCGGACACGGCGCUGGGGGGAGGCGGGGGCCUGAGCUGGGCGGAGAAGAAGUUGGAGGAACGCCGCAAGCGGAGGCGAUUCCUGUCCCCUCAGCAGCCGCCGCUGCUGUUGCCGCUCCUGCAGCCGCAGCUCCUGCAACCGCCGCCGCCCCCGCCGCCUCUGCUCUUCCUGGCUGCUCCCGGCACGGCCGCCGCCGCAGCCGCCGCCGCCGCGGCCUCCUCCUCUUGCUUCAGCCCGGGCCCCCCUCUGGAGGUCAAGCGGCUGGCGAGAGGCAAGAGGCGCGCAGGAGGGCGGCAGAAGCGGCGCCGCGGGCCCCGCGCCGGGCAGGAGGCGGAGAAGCGUCGGGUCUUCUCGCUGCCCCAGCCGCAGCAGGACGGCGGUGGCGGUGCUAGUAGCGGCGGGGGUGUGACCCCGCUGGUGGAAUACGAGGAUGUGAGCUCCCAGUCCGAGCAGGGGCUGCUGCUGGGGGGGGCCAGCGCGGCAACGGCGGCGACGGCUGCCGGGGGAACGGGGGGCAGCGGCGGGAGUCCGGCCUCCUCCUCCGGCACCCAGCGGCGCGGGGAGGGGUCGGAGCGCAGGCCCCGCCGGGACCGCCGCAGCAGCAGCGGCCGCAGCAAGGAGCGCCACCGCGAGCACCGGCGGCGGGACGGGCAGCGCGGCGGCAGCGAGGCCUCCAAGUCCCGCAGCCGCCACAGCCACAGCGGCGAGGAGCGGGCCGAGGCCGCCAAGAGCGGCAGCAGCAGCAGCAGCGGCGGCCGCCGGAAAAGCGCCUCGGCCACGUCUAGCAGCAGCAGCAGCCGCAAAGAUCGAGACCUGAAGGCCCACCGGAGCCGGACUAAGUCGUCCAAGGAGCCGCCUUCGGCCUACAAGGAGCCGCCCAAGGCCUACCGGGAGGACAAGAGCGAGCCCAAGGCCUACAGGCGGCGGCAGCGGUCCCUGAGCCCGCUGGGAGGUCGGGACGACAGCCCGGUGUCCCACAGGGCCUCGCAGGGCCUGAGGAGCCGCAAGUCCCCCAGCCCGGCAGGAGGUGGCAGCAGCCCGUACUCUCGGCGGCUGCCGCGCUCCCCGAGCCCCUACAGCCGCCGCCGCUCCCCCAGCUACAGCCGCCACAGCUCCUACGAGCGGGGCGGCGACGUGUCCCCCAGCCCCUACAGCAGCAGCAGUUGGCGCCGCUCCCGGAGCCCCUACAGCCCCGUGAUCAGACGUUCUGCCAAAUCCCGAAGCAGAAGCCCAUUUUCAUCUAGGCAUUCAAGAUCCCGUAGCAGGCACAGAUUGUCUAGAUCCAGAAGCCGUCAUUCCAGCAUUUCUCCUAGCACACUAACUCUGAAGAGCAGCCUGGCAGCCGAGUUGAACAAGAAUAAGAAAGCCCGGGCUGCAGAGGCGGCGAGGGCUGCGGAGGCGGCAAAGGCUGCAGAGGCGGCGAAGGCUGCUGAGGCCGCUGCCAAAGCUGCUAAAGCUGCCAACACUUCUACGCCUACGAAAGGGAGCGCGGAGGCCGGGGCCGGCGCCUCACAAAUCAACCAUGUGAAGGAUGUGAAGAAACUGAGAACGGAACAUGCACCUUCUCCCUCAGGUGGUGGAACUUUAAAAAAUGACAAGGCAAAAACGAAGCCACCUCUUCAGGUAGCAAAGGUGGACAAUAACUUGAUUGUAGAUAAAGCCACCAAGAAAGCAGUCGGAGUUGGAAAGGAGAGUAAAUCUGCUGCUACAAAGGAUGAACCAGUAUCUCUUAAAGAGAAAACCAAACCACUUACACCGAGCUUGGGAGCCAAGGAGAAGGAGCAACAACAUGUGGCUCUGGUGACCUCCACGUUACCACCGUUACCUUUGCCUCCCGUCCUGCCUGAGCAUAAAGAUGCCGAUGGCUUACGAGGAAAUAUUUCAGUAAAAGCGGUUAAAAAAGAAGUAGAGAAGAAACUACGAUGUUUACUUGCUGAUUUACCACUGCCCCCUGAGCUACCGGGAGGGGAUGAUCUCUCAAAGAGUCCAGAAGAAAAGAAAACAGCAACACAGUUACAUAGUAAAAGGAGGCCUAAAAUAUGUGGGCCUCGCUAUGGUGAAAUCAAAGAAAAAGAUAUUGACUGGGGAAAACGCUGCGUGGAUAAAUUUGAUAUCAUCGGAAUUAUUGGAGAAGGUACCUAUGGACAAGUUUACAAGGCCCGGGAUAAAGACACUGGAGAAAUGGUAGCCUUAAAGAAAGUACGUCUAGAUAAUGAAAAGGAAGGCUUUCCUAUUACAGCAAUUCGAGAAAUUAAGAUUCUCCGGCAGCUUACCCAUCAGAGUAUUAUCAAUAUGAAGGAAAUAGUGACUGAUAAAGAAGAUGCUUUGGAUUUUAAGAAGGACAAAGGUGCAUUUUAUCUGGUGUUUGAAUAUAUGGACCAUGAUCUGAUGGGACUACUGGAAUCAGGCUUGGUUCAUUUUAAUGAAAAUCACAUAAAGUCAUUUAUGAGACAGCUCAUGGAAGGUCUGGAUUAUUGUCAUAAGAAGAACUUUUUGCAUAGAGAUAUUAAAUGUUCAAAUAUUCUUCUAAAUAAUAGAGGGCAAAUAAAACUUGCAGAUUUUGGACUUGCUCGAUUGUAUAGCUCAGAAGAAAGUCGGCCGUAUACUAACAAGGUCAUCACUUUAUGGUACCGUCCACCUGAACUGCUGUUGGGAGAAGAAAGAUAUACACCUGCUAUUGAUGUAUGGAGCUGUGGAUGUAUCCUUGGUGAACUCUUCACUAAAAAACCUAUAUUUCAAGCAAAUCAAGAACUUGCACAGCUAGAAUUAAUAAGCCGUAUAUGUGGGAGUCCAUGUCCUGCAGUGUGGCCCGAUGUAAUCAAACUACCAUAUUUCAACACCAUGAAACCAAAGAAGCAAUAUCGUCGAAAGUUAAGAGAAGAAUUUGUUUUUAUCCCUGCAGCUGCGCUAGACUUGUUUGAUUACAUGCUCGCCUUGGACCCUAGUAAGCGCUGCACUGCAGAACAGGCUCUCCAGUGCGAGUUCCUCCGGGACGUGGAACCCUCAAAAAUGCCUCCGCCAGAGAGGUUUUUACACGCUGAGGCAAUGCACCAUAGUAAGAUGGCUGAGAGCCUUCCUUUAUGGCAAGAUUGUCAUGAGCUAUGGAGUAAAAAGCGAAGGAGGCAGAAGCAGAUGGGCAUGACCGAUGAUGUGUCCACAGUGAAAGCCCCCAGAAAGGACUUGUCUCUCGGCCUGGACGACAGCAGGACCAGCACACCACAGGCCGUGCCACCGGCCUCACAGCUGAAACCUCAGGGCAACUCGAGCCUAGCACCUGUAAAAACAGGCCCUGGACAGCAGUUAAACCACAGUGAAUUGGCAAUUCUACUAAACCUACUGCAGUCUAAAACCAGUGUUAAUAUGGCUGAUUUUGUCCAAGUGUUGAACAUUAAGGUAAACUCUGAGACUCAGCAGCAGCUAAAUAAAAUAAACCUUCCUGCUGGAAUUUUGGCAACAGGUGAAAAACAGACAGAUCCAUCCACACCACAACAGGAGUCUUCGAAACCAUUGGGAGGAAUUCAGCCUUGUUCUCAGAGCCUGCAGCCUAAAGUGGAGACUGACGCUGCGCAGGCGGCCGUGCAGAGCGCGUUUGCAGUUCUGCUGACUCAGUUAAUAAAGGCCCAGCAGUCAAAGCAGAAAGAUGUGCUACUGGAAGAGAGGGAAAACGGAUCAGGACACGAGGCGCCGCUGCAACUCAGGCCACCCCCAGAACCUAGCACUCCGGCGUCGGGGCAAGAUGACCUCAUUCAGCAUCAAGAUAUGAGGAUGUUGGAGCUCACACCAGAACCGGACCGGCCUCGUAUUCUGCCUCCUGAUCAGCGACCUCCGGAACCACCGGAACCACCACCAGUCACUGAAGAAGAUCUGGAUUAUCGGACAGAAAACCAGCACGUUCCCACCACUAGCUCUUCGUUAACUGACCCUCACGCCGGAGUGAAAGCGGCCCUGUUACAGCUGCUUGCUCAGCAUCAGCCCCAGGAUGACCCCAAAAGAGAAAGCGGUAUUGAUUACCAGGCAGGAGACACUUAUGUACCCACGUCAGACUACAAGGACAAUUUUGGAUCCUCUUCUUUCUCUUCCGCUCCUUACGUUAGCAAUGAUGGUCUAGGAGGUAGCUCUGCUCCACCAUUGGAACGACGUAGCUUCAUUGGAAACUCAGAUAUUCAGUCUUUGGAUAACUACAGUACUACUUCAUCUCAUUCUGGUGGUCCACCUCAGCCUUCUGCCUUUUCCGAGUCAUUUCCCAGUUCAGUAGCUGGAUAUGGAGACAUUUACCUCAAUACCGGUCCCAUGUUGUUUAGUGGGGACAAGGACCAUAGAUUUGAAUAUAGCCAUGGCCCCAUUGCAGUCCUGGCGAACAGCAGUGACCCUACCACAGGGCCAGAGAGUACUCAUCCUUUGCCAGCAAAGAUGCACAACUAUAACUAUGGUGGUAACUUACAGGAAAACCCAGGCGGCCCCGGCCUCAUGCACGGGCAGACCUGGACUUCUCCUGCCCAAGGACCUGGAUAUUCACAAGGAUACAGGGGACACAUUAGCACAUCAGCUGGCAGAGGUCGAGGCAGAGGGUUACCAUACUGAGUAUCUGUUUUUCCUCAGGCACAUCAUUUUUAUCUGGAAAGACUUUUCUAGCUGCAAUUUAAGGCAGCAAUCCAAGAGACUUGAAUAAUAUUAAUUCAACAACAGCUUUAUUUUUAUGUGGAAAAGGGUCUUGCAUACAAUAGUUAAAAAAAAAAA